UCUAUGCACUGAAAUCAGUGGGAAACACUGGUCUGUCUGCUCCGGUCUUCAUUCCUCUGCUAAACCCUUUCAUGGUCGACCACUCAACUACACUGGAGCUGAGACUUGCUGCCAUCCAAGCAUUCAGACGCUUUCCCUGCUCGGCUGAUAGAUCUGUGCUGUUGCAGCUGUACCGCGUCUCCCAGGAGGAUCCUGAGGUCAGAAUCGCUGCAUACCAGCAGCUCAUGCACUGCCCCGACCAGCACGUGUUUGAAGUAGUGAAGAUGACUCUCAGGAACGAGACCUCCAGCCAAGUGGGCUCAUAUGUGUGGAGUCACCUGACUAAUGUCCUGAGGAGUGAGGACCCCAUGAAGCAGGCCCUAAUCGAGUCACUGCCUGACAACAUUAUCAGCAGAGACUUUGAAGCAGAGUUUUUUAAAUUCUCCUCCUAUUCAGACUACACUGUUUCAUCAGGCAUGGGAAUUACAAAUGUGGAAACAUCUUUGGUUUUCUCUCCCAAAUCAUUUCUACCAAGAUCUGCCACUGCCAACCUGACGCUUUAUUUUCAUGGCAGAGCCCACAACAUUCUGGAAGUGGACCUUCACGUCGAAAAUGCUGAACCACUUUUGAGGAACGUUUUUGGUCACCAGACCCACGACUCUGAUGAAGAGUUUAUGGCUCGAAGACAAAAGUCGCAGUCCAAAGAGGCUAGGAGGACAAAAAGAAAAACAGACAAUGGCCAAAGUGCAGAAAAAGAAAUGUGUUUAUCCGGCACAAACAGUUAUCUGAGCCAAGCCAAGGCCAUGUUGUUUGGGAGGUGGAGAACCGAGGAGAACAGGCCCAAGUGUUGGGUCAGCGUGAAGGUGUUUGGCAAUGAACUCAGCUUGUUCACAUGUAAAGAUCUCUACAAUCAAAUUGACCAGCUGUCGCUGAGCAUGGCAGGACUAGCUGUCAAACUGCUUAAGGGUCAUGAGGUUCAGCUGGACCAUAGGGCCAUGCUGAUGACGGACAAGCUGGUUUUACCGUCUCUGUCUGGUUUGCCCAUCAAACUGGGCAUUAACAUGACCUCCCUCCUGUCGCUGCGUCUGAAGGGCAACGGCAACUACAGGGAUACUUCUCUCUUCUCCCUGACUGGAUACAUCAAACCCAAUGCCUAUGUGGGGCUUUCUGCCAGGAUGGGGGUUGAUGGUGCUUUGGGUCAGGCUGCAGUGGAGUGGGUCUCUGAGCUGACGAGCUCCACGAGUCUGGAUGGCAGUAUUCACCUGCAGGAGGGGCGGGAUGUCAGGGUCACACUUAACACACCGGAGGACGUCAUGGACAUCAUCUCCCUCAGUUCCAGAGUGUUUCGCCUAAGUGGAGACCACAGAGAGGAGAUAAAGGGACCAAAGAGUCGAGUCCAGAAAACCACCUGCACACCAAAGACAUGGUCCAAGAUGGUCGGCUGGCAGCUGUGCUACAAUGCCUCUUACCCAUUAGUUGCCACAGGUGUUUCCCUUCCAGCCCCAGGACCUGUCCACAUCUCCCUCAGGCUGCUGAAGCUGGACAGAGGCCUCCAUUACUACCUGCUGGAGGCUGCCUACUUGCUGCUUCUUCAGAAAGGCACCUGGCUCCCCAGAGAGGCCUCCAUUCACCUUCUCCUGGCCACACCUCAGUCCUCCAUCCCGAGGGACAUGUCUGUGGACUUGACAUUCAACCCUCACAGACUGCUGCUAAGGAUCACACACCCUCUGAAAACCAUCCAAAUACAAGGGCAGCUUGAACAAGAGAGGAACAUAAAAUCAGGAAAGCUGGAGCUGUUGAUUGAUGGUGUUCAUUAUUACGUCAUGGGUUUGGUUGAGACUCAGACCCUCCUGUCAGAGCAGAGAACGCGGUAUCACCUUGAAGCCAAAAUGGCCGCUAAAGGAAAUCCCAUGAUCCUCUCUGCUAAUGUUACUCGUGGAAUGGGUAGGAAGACCAGCUUCUCUGCCACAGUGAAGAAUGUGUUCAGAGAAACUGCAUCGCUGUCAGUGGCCCUGGAGCGCAGACAGGAUGGCAGAAGCAGGCAGUACUCUGUAGAGGCGGAGCUUCUGUUACCCGGUGUGGUUGGCACCAGGAUGCUGGGACUGAUGGAGCAGAAGGGCUCACUGUGGAGCUCCGCACUCAGGCUCAAAUAUGGUCUGGGAAGUGAUGCCCGGUAUCUGCGUCAGGAGUGCUACACGUCUCAGAGACUAAGGAGUGAGAGGGACUCAAACCUUACAUACAUCAUUAGAGGAGAUCACGAAUUCUCCUGCUCCAACACGGCUCCUAUCAACCACAAGAUCCACCUCAGGCACGAGGAAAGCCCCAGCCACAUUAAAUCCGCCCUGGACAUGAGCUAUGGCAAACACUGGGAUGAGAUCAAUAACAAACGCACACUUCUUCUGAGCCAGUCCUUCACAAACCAAUCCACACAAAACCACACCAGCUACACACUGGAGUUCAGUCUCCAGGUGCCAGAGAAGAAUUUAAACUACAGGACUCAGCUUCUGCACUCUCACCUGAGACAGCUCGGGUCUGAGAGCAGCACUCACCUCAAAGUCAACUACAACAGCUUGAUGCCGCUGGUGGCUGGAUUACACUGGAAAAUCCCUCCAAAAGAAACCCCGCAGAAAAAAUGGGAAGGCACAUUUAACAUGGACACACCGUGGCUGUAUAUCUACACUGCCCACAAAAUGAGCCAGCACCAGCACCACACGCUCCAGCUCACCUCAGAGCUGACAGCCAGCAAGUGGCUGACCAUCCCUAACCUCAUGCUGGAGGGUUUCUACAGGAACAGAGGCAGAGAGAGGGAGGCCCGUCUGGAGCUCUACACAUCAGCUGCCACCUACAUCCAAGCAGGAGGGUUGGUCAUGGUGGGGAAGCAAAGUGUGAAGGCCUCUGGCUCAUUGAGCUCGUUGUGGACUUCACCUUUGAGAGGAGACGUCUCUCUGGAGACUUUUAAGUUCAGCCACACCCUACAGAUGGCCUCCACCUAUGGCAAGCACAACGUCAGCCUUGCUGCUGCCCUGAACACUGUGGAUAAGAAUUUGAAAAAGAAGCAAGCGAUGCUGAAGAUGACUUUCUCGAAGCCAAAGAGUUCAUCCACAGAACUGGAGUUUGAGGGAGUAGUAGAAGAGCUGAGGAAGGACAAGAAGAUGUAUCAGAAAGCAGCAAUGCUCCUGCUCAGACAGCCCUUCCAGGCCUUUCCUCCGACUCUCCUCCUGCGGGAGACCUUCACCAUCGACCUCCUCAAAGGCCUCUAUAUCCUGGAGUCAAAAGCUGGUUUCCAUGGCAACAAAGAGGUUAUCCACACCCUCACCUUUGGCUACCAACCGCCAAGCCCUUUUGUUUGUUCUGCACUCAUCCAUCCUUUCAGCUCUGACACUGUUCCUUCAGAUUCGGAAAUCUGUGUGACCAUAACCAGCAACCAGACCCAGAAAGACAUACACGGGAGGUUACUGGUUGGUAGCAAGGAGAAACUGACUUUCUUUGGACAAGUUCAGUUGAACCCUUUGCACUCAAGUCACCAAGCGAUUAAAGUUAGAGCCAACUUCACCCAUCAGCUCCAGCUGCAGCUCCCCUCCUCUGCUAUAGUGGAGGGAAAUGUAUGUUGGAACUCCAAAAACAACAGUGACUUGGAUUAUCAGGCCAGAGGGAAACUGAAAAUAGAGCGACAGGAGUGCCAACUUUCUGUACAGCUCAAUGGAACAUCAAGAAGAGUUGGUCUUUAUUCCUUUCUCAGCCAUCCCUUCAAAUCAAAGAUUCCCAAAACAUUAGAGGUGAAGGCCACUGCAGAUAUGUUUGCAGUGGCUGGUACAGGAAGUAGCUCAGUACAUGUAAGAGCUGAUGGAAAAGACAGGGUGAAGCUGGAUGCUCAGAUGUCCCACACCUUCCAGAGGGGAGACACGGCCGUUGGACUGAGGUUGAAUGUAUCUCAGAGCCUGCUGCCUUCUGCCACUGAGCUACAUGUAAACCUGGCUGCCAACAUGACCUCAGACAGCGUUUCUCUACAUGGCUCUUAUACACGGGGGCAUGAGGCUCUGCUGGCUCAGGUCAAAGGGUCGCUAAAAGACACCCGGGGUCUCCAGCUGACUGUGUCCGGGGAUCUGAGGCACUCCAUGGCAAACCUCGCUAUUUUGCCUCCAGUCCUGGGGUUGGACGGGGUGCUGGGACGGUCUGACACCCUCAUUGAAGGACAGCUGAGAGUUAGAGUGAUGGAGAUCUUGUACAGUGCGGAGCUGAGGCAUCAGGAGGAUCCCGGAGAUUCUUCAAAUGAUGAAGAUGACGAGGGCAUGAUGGGAAAGAAAUUCCACAUGGCCCGUGAUUGGCUGUGUGUUUGGUUAGGGGCAGAGCAUUUAUGUGUGAAUGUGACCCGCCGACUUGGGGGUCGAAGGAUGGGCGAGGUCUACACCAGACUAUCUCACUCCGUCCACCUGUUCAAUGCCAAAGGUGUACCAGCCAGCAGUAAUGCCCAGGUGAGGUGGGCCCAGGAUGGUGGUCGACUGUCAGUCCUUGCUGAGCUUCAGGCUGGACCUGAACAUCUAAAAGCUGAGUUUAAUGGAGGCAAGACAGACCAGGUUACCCCACGAUGGGAGUACUUCUCCAGGCUCCAGCAUCAAGUCAAAGCCCUGUUGAAAAGAGGUGUAUCAAGCUCUAUACAAGCCAAAGCACAUUAUCAGUUAGAAACAGAAGGUCUGGACACACGCUUGGUCCUCCAUAUGGAACAUGAGAAAAUGAUUGACAUCCUUUUCAACAUUGGAUCGAAAAACCGCACAGCUAUGUUGGUAUUGUCUCUAUGGCAACAAAUGAAGCUGUUCCAGGAAGUCUUACCCUCCUCUUUACAGAUGAACUGCACAGGGGACGCCACUGCCGACCGACUCUCAGCCCAGUGCAAUGGAAAUGUGGCGGGUCGCCCUGUGGAGAAUGUCCUGCCGUCGCAGACUUCAGCUAACAUCUCCAUCACCCAUUCUGGCUGCUCAACUAAUCUCAGUACCGUGCUCCAGGUAGAGGGGGAACAGAAAGGCAGCCUUAGUCUGUAUUUAACUUGUCACCCCUACAUUGGACUGAAAGCAUCUGUACAGCACUCUAUAGAGCCAAUACAGAGGCUGGGAUUUCCUGCCCGCGGAGCAUUAAUCCUGAAUGUUUCAACUGCACAUCCGCCUGGUUUGGAGGUUGGCCUGGAGUUGGGACGUUGUCAUUUGAGGGGGAUUUUGGGGAAAAUCAAGGCUUCACAGACAGAGGAGGAGCCGUCUUCCUACACUGUAAAUGUCACCAACUACUGUCCUGCCCUACAGGGAACUGUCCUCCCAGUGUCCCUGGCUCUCCAGGCCCUCCUCUCAGUUGUCCCCUGCCAGCUUACCAUGUCCUCAUCUCUGAGGGCAGACAGCCAGCACCUUUCCCUGGAGCUGAGUCAAUCCUGCAGGCCUCCACGUCUCUCUGGGACCCUCACACACUCCUUCCUUGGGCUGAGGAGCCAAGGUGUACCCCAGAUAAUCACAGUAGAGGCUACUGCUCAUAGAGAUCCUGAGCAGGUUGGGGCACUGUUUAUUAAGGCUGGGACAUGUUACAUUAAGGCUGAUAGAGUUGUAGAGGCCAAAGGAAGGACACAGAGGCUCUGGGCUUUGGAGUCAAAGUGCCCAAUGUUACAGUCUCACUUAAAUGGAUCAGUGCAGCAGGACCUUCAUGGUAUCUGGACAGCGAAGGUAGACACCCAUGUGGACGGCAAAAGGGUUUUUCUGAGGCUGAAUGCAAGGGCCUGGCCGGAGCUGAGUGUGGAGGGCGAGCUCAGUCACAACCUUCCUGCUCUCAAAGGUUUACCGGAGCACAGCAGACUGAGAGUCACCUGUAGGGCCGGAAAAACCCGAUAUAACACCGAAGCCUACAUUCAGAUGGAGGAGUGUACAGUUGGAGUCAGAGGAGCUGCGAUGUCACAGCCAGGCCUGCAGGGGACGCUGGUGUACCACAAUAACUGCACAGUGAUUAAGGAGUGGGGUAGUCCUGACAAGAUGCAGUCCUCUGCAUUGUUGGUUGUCUCCCCAUCUCUUACAGAAUCUCAAGUCUCCGUGGUGAUAGAUGAUACAGAGUUAAAGACUUUAUUGGCCCUUAAGAAAACUAAGGAUACAAUUGGAGCAUCGCUCAAUCUAAACCACUCUGUGCCUCUAUUGAAAAAGCUGGGUCUCCCUCUUAAUGCUGCAUUGACAGUGAAUUCUGGGCUUCAUGACAAUGGCUCAUACUAUUACCUACUACACAGCACUACAGGAAGCCAAAGGCUAACUCAAGGAAUAACGGGUUCAAAGAUAUCCGAAACAGUCCGAGUGAAGAUUCAUUUUAGACACACAGUGAAUUAUCUAAAGAAACUGGGAGUCCCUGCAAACAACAGCAUCCAGGUAGAACUUGGCUCCGCUGAGGGGAAGGCCUUUACAUUACAAUCCCAGUUUGGACGUCCGCAGGCGGGAGUGAGACUGAAGAUGACGAAAGAGAUCAGAGGAACCAUGUGGCACAGCUGGCCAUGGCUGCGGGAGCAAGGAUUGCCACUCAAUAUAGAAGGCCUGUGUUCCUUCCAGGGAGUCUUUUCUCAGCUUGAGUCCAGGGCUUGGCUCACCGUGGACGGACACAAGCUGCUUGCCUCCGGCUUGAAUAUCAGUGUGGGCAAUGGACAUCUAGCCCUGCUGCUGUCCUACUCUCCCCCAGCUUCUAAUCACACAGGGACGCAGGACAGUGCACAGCACAGUCUGGAGACUACCCUGACCGCUCAGUUCAAAGGUCCUUUGCGAAGCACUGCAGUAGAUGUUCACUGUCAGUACUGGAGAAUCCGAGUGGUGGGGGACGUAGGAGGCUGGGGGGCACAUGGAGGGUCCAAGGAGGCCAGAGUAACACUAAAAUACACUGUGCAGGGACAAACGAGCCCUGCCUUACAGGUGGAGGUCUGGGGAAGACUUACUGAGUCACAGCUGAGGUGCUCCAUGGCUGUGAACCCUGAACUCAGCUCCUCACUGGCACUCAUUAUCCAGGGACACCAUCUGCCUCAUAGCAAGGACCUGAUGGUGAAAGUGGUACACAAUGUUCCCAGGAUGUUGGUUUACCUGCCUUCUCAGCUGAAUGUCCGCUCUCAGCUGAACCAGUCUCAGUCCAGUGUUGCAAGUUUGGUGGAGGUGUUGUCAGGCAGGAGGAGGCUGUGGGCUCUGGGGGAACUGGCAGCGAUAGAGAGUGGAUGGAGACAAGUUCUAGAGCUCAAACACUCAUACCCACAGUUAAAGCCGCUCCCCAGGACUGUUGCAGUGAGGACGGUGUAUGAGGCCAGGAACUGGAGCUACCAAGUUCAACAUGGAGCUGUGUGGGGCAGCCAGGAGUUGAUUUUGUCUGGUUUCUACUCUGCACCUCCAGCACUGGACAUGGGGAACCAGAGCCUGAAGGUUCAGAUCAACUGCAUUCCCCGUUGGACUAGUUUGGAGGUGACUCUUGAGCGUUCCUUAUAUGGCCGUCUGGACAGUGUUUUAGUGGGCUGGACGAGGCAUGGCCGACUAGAACAGGUCAGAGCUCUGAGCUUUUGGAGUCGAUCAGAGGAGACAAAUGAGACCAAACUGGAGCUGAAACAGCCCUUCUCGUCCGCACUCAGCCAGAUGUCCCUUCACACACUGUCACACAGCUCACAGAUGGAACAACGCAGCAGCCACCAUACCCAUCUCUCAUGGGACAGCACCAGAGUCCCUGUCAAUAUCUCCAUAAUCCUGAACAAACAGUGGCAGAACAAUACCAGCAGGGGGCAGGCAUGUGCUCUGUUCUCAACGCAACAGAUGGCAGUGUCUUCUGUCAAAGGUUGUGUGUCAGUCGGUCAGGAGGGAAACUCGUAUUCACAGAAUGCAGAGCUGAGAUGGGACAACAGGAGCGCCAAGCAAGGCAUGAAGUACCAGAGGGGUCCACGGGGAAUGCACAGCCUUCAGGUGAAUGUUGGCCUAGACAAAGUGUCUCCUGAACCCUGUCCGUCACACACACUCCUGACUAAGAUUCAGACCAACCUCAGGGAUCGCCUGGAGCACACAGUGCUGCUCGGCCUCUGCCCCCCAAAGCCAACUUUCUCAUGGUCAGGAUCUCACAGAGUGAACUCAGGAGAGAAGCUGUUUUACACACAGUCUCGUCUAUCGGUGACAGGACGGCCCCACCAGUGCAGCCUCACCUUUGCCUUGAUCAACUCCUCUACUGCUCAGGGCUCCAACAUGUCUCUGUUCUCUGAGUCUACGAUUGGUAAUUGGAGUGUGGAGGUGGGGAGCAGUGCCCUGUGGUGGCCCCAGGGGUCUGGUCUUCAGGUGCAGGCCAGACUAGACCACAGUGAGAAGAUCUGGCUGAACUGGACGGCAGAGGGACAAUGUUUUCAGACCACAGCAGGUUACACAAAUGGUUCAGGUCUGAACGAGGACGUAACUGUGGUGGCAUGUGUGGGAACAAAUCGCAGUUUGAUGCUGAAUGUGCAGAAAAGAGACAACAGCAGCAAACCUGAAGCUCUGGGCAGUGUGGCUGUGGGAUCAGCCAAUCAGAGGCUGAUGCUAAGAGCAAGUGGCUGUUUGGAAAGUCUAACUGCAGUGGAGGCACGAAUUCAAUACUUGAGCUACCAGUUACAGAAUAAGCUGCUGGAGAGAAUCAAUACAUUACAGUAUCACCUUGUUGAAUUCAGACGUCAGUCCAGGGACAGUGAGUUGCUCCAGCAGCUGAGCGCUCUACCCCUUUAUGUUUCCCAUCGAGCAGAGGCUCUACUGGAGCACAGAGACGGAGGUUUGUUGGCUUUGUGGCAGAGCGGCCUUCUACGUCGCAUCGUCACCAACAACCUGCCUCGCUUUCUCAGUCUGCUGCAGCAUGCCUCUCUUCUGGGACAACAGGAACUGAGGAGGCCCCUAGCCACUCUGGCAGGUGUGUACCAAGAUGUGAAGGGCCAGAGGCUGGAGGCGUUGUGGAAGGAGGCUGUUUCUUUGUGGACUGACCAGCUGGUGGAGGUCCUACCUAUGCUGUUGGAGAACCCUCAGCUGAGGCCGCUGGCUCAGGCUAGUGUCGCCAUGCUCAGCGUCGCCCUGGAUGUGGCAGGACAGCAUACUUACUACUGGGCGGAGACCAGGUUGGCAACGGCUCUGUCUGGAGUCAGGAAGCGACUGGCCUCUGUCUACAAAUUCUCCCCCAGGGAGUGUUUAGUGGUUGCAUCAGUGGCGCUGCCACCACUGCCCUGGUCCAGGGUGUCCCAGGCGGGACUGGUGGAGGUCCUCCUGGAGGAGUGGCUCCUGAGGCCCUUGUUGACCCUCACCUCCGUCAGGCCCACAGCUGAGCUUUACCGCCUUAAAAGGAAGACCAUGGACAGCCCAUUUAUACACCAAGCUCUCUUGGUGGCAGAUCAGUUUGUGGUGACAUUUGAUGGUCACCUGUAUGAGCUCCCGGGCUCCUGCCCACUGCUCCUCGCUCAAGACGUCGGCGCUGAGAGCUUAUUCACGCUGCUGCACACUUCAGACUUCCUUCUCUUCAAAAUGAGUAACAGCACAGUCAACAUUCAGCACAAUGGACAGGUGACCAACUGCAACAAUGCUGUAACACACACGUUCCAAGGUGACAAUGGAGUGGCUGUCGGGAGAGGGUCAGAUAUUGUGCAGGUGUCCAAUCAGAAUGGCUUGUCAGUGUCAUGUGAACUCUCGCUUGAGGUGUGCAGCUUCACUCUCGAUGGAUGGUUGCAUGGCAGGUCCACUGGUCUGUUAGGGACUAAUGACAAUGAAGCAGGGAACGAUUUUCCUUUGCCUGACGGAUCUCAGGCUGAAAACUUGGAGGAAUUUUUCUACAGUUGGCAGAUGAAACCGGAGUGUAUGAAAUUGCCUGGUGUAACAGAGCCCUCUCCGAAAGCAGCCACAAGCCCUGUAAGCUGUGACUUCCUGUUUUCCUCUCCUGAUUCUCCGCUAAGUUCCUGUUUUAGGGUGGUGGAUCCUCGUCAGUUCUUGUUGGUGUGUGAGGUGAGCUCCUCCAGAGCACCGUGUAGAUUAGCAUCUGCUUUUGUUCAUCUUUGCAAGCAGAACUACAUACCUCUGGAGAUCCCUGUCCAGUGCUUGAAAGUAUGAAGGGAGGACAAGCGGAUGAAGAGCAAAGAUGUGAGACCUGUUAGCUGCUAAAACUGACACAUUUACACUUUUAUACCACUGUUUGUGCAACCUUACUUAUAUACUUAUAUUUUGUAUUACAUUUUGUACCCUAUUGUAUAGUUACACUUUGUUAUACCUCAGUUAAUGUACGCCUAUGCUCUAUUUAGACAUGCAGAUACAGUGGUGCUCAUACGUUUAUGAACCCAUGCUAAAGUUCACCAAAAAGAGUAAUUAAAAGAUCAUCUUUUGCAAAUUGAUCUUAAGGCCUUAAUUAAAAACAGAUAGGAAAAAUCAAAUUUUU